GAGUUACACAAAUAUUGUUGUGUUAGUAUGCCUCCAAUGUGGUUGGAACGUUUAUCGCAUUCAGACGCCCUCCUUCUCUCUGCAUCUAUGUGCACAAGUGCAGCACACGUCACACACAGACAGACAGGUAGGCAGGAGCUCCUCACUCACACAGAUCGUAUUCCAGCUGUGUUUUUCUUGACUUGUGUGGAGGUGAGUGAAGAUCAAAUGAAUAUACCGUACCAGUACCUCAGCUUUACAGCUAAUUAGCCAAAAAACUAAUUACAUUAUAUAAGGCAAAAAUAACACAUUUAAGUUAAGUUAAGACUUUUUCUGUAACAAUUUGAGUUGCUGUAUUUUUGCAUUUUGUCAAUAACUUUGCAGAUUUUGUAAAAUAAAAAAAAUAGCAGCAACCCUCCUUUUUUAGUUUAGUGUAAAGUUGUGUUCUUUUAAUAACAAAAUAAUUAAAAACAUUUACUGCCUUGUGGAAAGUAAACAAACAAAUGAUUAGUAAAACUGUCCACCCUCUCCUUGGCGCAGUCGGAAUUCGGACGCAGUCGGACACUGUCUUCCAUGAUGUGCAUCACAACUAACUUUGUUAACAUCUAAAAAAGUGUUGGUUAGUGUUUCAUGAAGCUUUAACAAUGUUAAAAUGCGAAAUGCAUUUCAAUAAUCCGAAAUGAUGCGAUUCACCGGAUUCAGGACAUCAAAAUAUGUUAUGUGAUGAGAAGAUGGAAAAUCCUGCUGGUGUUAAAUGUGUUUACGAUGGUCGGGUUCAUCUCUUUUUUGGGCUGGUUCAAUUUGCACGUAACCAAAGCUCACCAACCAGCAGCCGAUACGAGAAUGCUGUCGGUCAUCAGAUCUGCUCAGAGGACCGGCAUCUCUCAUGAUGUCCUCUUAAAGAGACUGGGAUCACUGGAAGAUGUAGUGUACAGGCAACUCAACGGUUUGUCCAGGUCUCUUGGGCUUAUCGAGGGUUUUGGAGGUCGAGGUAGAAGAGGAGUGGCAGCAACACUUUUGCCAACAGAAGAAGAGACGGCCAAAACAUUAAAGGAGAAAUAUGGCUACAAUGCAUUUCUAAGUGACAAAAUCUCUCUGGAUAGGACUAUACCAGACUUUCGGCCCAGAAAAUGCAGAGACAUCGUUUAUCCUCAUGACUUACCGCAGAUCUCCAUCAUCUUCAUUUUUGUAAAUGAGGCGUUGUCUGUCAUACUGCGUUCUGUCCAUUCUGCGGUCAAUCACACUCCAGUCCAUCUCUUAAAGGAAAUCAUCUUGGUGGAUGACAACAGUGACGACGAACAGCUGAAAGGACCGCUAGAGGAGUACGUCAACAAGCGCUACCCGGGUCUUAUCAAAAUAGUGCGCAACCAGAAGAGAGAAGGGCUCAUCCGUGCUCGCCUCGAAGGCUGGAAAGUGGCCACUGGGGAGGUGAUCGGGAUCUUUGAUGCCCAUGUUGAAUUCACACCUUUAUGGGCUGAACCAGCUCUGUCUAGAAUCAAGGAGAACAGUAAGAGGAUCAUUCUGCCAUCUAUAGAUAACAUCAAUUAUGACACAUUUAAGCUGGAACACUAUGAGAACCGCGCCCAUGGCUAUAACUGGGAGCUCUGGUGUAUGUAUAUUAGUCCACACAAACAGUGGUGGAAUGAAGGGGACCCAUGUGCACCCAUCAGGACGCCCGCAAUGAUAGGCUGUUCAUUUGUGGUAAACCGGGAAUACUUUGAGGAAGUGGGACUGUUGGACGAAGGCAUGGAUGUGUAUGGAGGUGAAAAUAUAGAGCUGGGAAUCAGGGUCUGGACAUGUGGGGGCAGCAUGGAGGUUUUACCCUGUUCCAGAGUGGCCCACAUGGCUAGAUCAAAUAAGCCUUACGACAGUAAUAUCUCUUUACAUGCCAGGCGAAACGCCCUUCGUGUUGCUGAAGUCUGGAUGGACCAACAUAAAUCUAGUGUCUAUAUAGCAUGGAAUCUCCCAAUGAAGAAUCAUGGCAUUAAUUACGGAGACAUUUCCCAGAGAGUAGCGCUCAGAGAAAGACUUCAGUGUAAAAGCUUUAACUGGUACCUCAACAAUAUCUAUCCACAGAUGAAGAUAUACAACGACACUCUGUUUUAUGGAGAAUUACGCAAUGCCAAUGUGACCCAUCUGUGUGUGGACCAGGGCACAAAGGAAAACAAUUCAGCAAUAUUAUACCCCUGCCACGGCUGGACGCCUCAGCUGAGCCGCUACACUAAGGAGGGAUAUCUUUACCUGGGUGCUCUGGGAAGCAGUAUUGAAGAGACUCGCUGUAUGGUGGAUGAUACAAUGAAUAGCCACCCUCAGCUCCUCAACUGCGAAACGGUCUCCAGCGUAAGCCAGAAAACUUGGAACUUUGUACAGAAUGGGUCAUUAAUCAACCGAGCCACAGGACGGUGUCUCGAGGUAGUGCCAGUUAAAUUUAAUUUAACGUUAUACUUCGGCUUUGACUUGGUCCUGCGCUCCUGCACUGGCCAGAAGUGGAACAUUAAGAAUACAGUAGAUCUCGAAUAAGGCGUUUGAGCCGGUGGCCCUCAGUAAGACUUCAACAUGCUGAAAAUUUGGACUUUCGACAUUCAUCAAACAUUUAGGAACUUGAAAAUGGAUCCAGUUUGGACUCCCACAUGUCAAAAUAUUUUAUAAAAUGUCAUAAAACUGGGGCCCGACAUGGCACCCCCCCCCCCCCCCAGCUUGAGAACUACCGCUGUAUUUUUAAAUGUAGUGUAUAUAUACGAAUUUUGUUACUAUCAUGGGACAAACAUAUCAAAUGCUUGUAAAUUAUUUUUAUUUAUUCCAUUCUAUUUGCAACUAUUUUUGGUAUCAAUUUAGUUUACUUUAUAUGCACUUAGUAAUUAAACAUGGAAGAGUUUGGUUCCAAAACGCAAUAAAUCCAUUUUGACUAAUUUGGGUAAAAAUGUGUUUUCUAUACCAAGAAAGUGACAAGAUGAAAACCACUAUUUUCUGUUACAAACUUUCACAUAUAGCAUCUCUAAGUCAUAAUAAAAUGUAAAAUUCAAAUCCAUAACUUGAUUUUCAAAGAUUUAUCAUAAAAACUGAUUAUUUUGUCUGCAAAAUGCAAUAAAUCCAUAACAAGUUUUUUUUUCAAAAUGCUAUAAAUCUAUUGAAUCAAUAUAUAAAUGUGCAUUCAUCUUUACCAUGUUAUAUUCAUUUAGUUAACUAGUUGUAUACACUGAUUAAAAAUAAACAUUAAUGGCAUUAAUCAAAACACUUAGUUUGUCAUAUUACUUGUCAUUGCUGCUGUUAUACCUGGGAUGUUCUCGCUGAACUUUUUUGACAGCGAUCAGCUGUAAUGUAUGUUUUGGUCCUGCUCGAUUUUCAUUGGCUUUGAGUAAAAUAAUGGAAAGUUUUUCAUAAGAUCCCCUGGAGUCAAUGUGUUAGCAUGACAGGAGCUUGAUGCUUCAACAGCCGGCAUUUUUCCGUUUCCUGAGUGCCUCUCAUGUAAAUUAUUCGAUUUUGAUGGCUUACGUUUCUUCCCCACCACAAAAAACCACCACAGGUUUAUCAACGCCAUCAAAAGAAUUAUUUUGAUUUAGUUUGUUUGUUAAUCAUCAGUACAAAGUAGAUGAGGAAAACUAGGAUUCCGUGUGUAUUCAAUACGCCUCCAUUAUUUUUACAAUCGGUGGAAUGGUGCGCUGUGAUUGGUUGAGCGAAUUUAUUGCAUUCUGCAGAGAAGGAGGACUGGCGUUUAUCGCGUUUUGGGAAAAAAGGGAGAAAAGAUGACAGAAUAAGACGUCGGAUAUCAGAUUUUGCCUAAAAUUAAUACUGCUUUGGCUGCUAUUUACAGUUGUCAGGCUAAAGUGAAUGUAGCGUCAUGCAAAAGUUUUCAUUAUUUACAAAAUAAAGCUUUUUUUACCUUACUGUAUGUGACAUUACUCUACAUAUAGUUUAAACAUAUGGUUCAUAAUAAUAAUAGAGAGAUUACUAAGUGCACAUAUAAAUAAGCUGUCUGGUCAGAGAAGGUCGUUUAUUUUCUUUCUGCAUUAUGUGCAUUGAUAACAUUAUGAUACGUGUGCAGGAAACAAUGUAACAGUAACUAUGGUAACCAUAUUGAGCUGCUAUUAAAUGAUCAUAUUGUAGAAAUGAACCUCUGAAGCAACACAUGGCCAGUCUGUAGGCGAAGGGAAUAUGUAAUAAUGAUGGACAGGGAUUUGUUACAUAAGAACACUGUUAAUGAGUCAUGAACUGCAGAUGUUACUACAGUUUCUUUAAAUGUACUGUCUUGAUUGAUAUGAAUACA